GAACCAAUUGUUUAGUAGCCAGGUAAUAUUCCCAAGUUACAGCACAGUACCCGUCUCAUCCUUUCAUAAGAAAUCAGUGGAUACCCUGAAGAUUUAAGAGGGUAAUCUGAUGAGUCAUUAAGCUAUUAAAAUUCAGGAUGUUGGAAAAAGCUAGCUACAAAAGACUGUCAAGUGAUGUGGAUACCACAAGCUCUGUCCAUCCUGCAACAUCUGCAAGUUGGUUAUCAUUAUUAUCCUUUUGGUGGAUGAACGGCAUAUUUAGAAUGGGGAACGAGAGACCCUUGGCACACUCUGACAUACUGCCUCUUCACGAAGAAGACAAGGCCAGAGAUCUGACAGAGAGCCUUCAGAAGGAAUGGAACAAACACGUAAAUGAACUCAACAAGAAUAAAGAAUGUAAAGUACAACCCAGCCUCUGGAAGUGCAUCGUCAGGACCACGUCUUUAAGGAAGAUUUCCUUCCUGACAUGUUUUGUGCUCUUGGAGUCAGUAUGUCGUGUUUUACAGCCAUUAUUCCUCGGUUUGCUCCUUCAUUUGCUCCGUUCCUCAGAGAGAGACUACUCUUUAGCCUAUGGAUGCUCUUUCCUGCUAGCAUUAAGCGGCUUAGCUAACGCCUGUAUUCACUAUACUGGGUACCAGUUAGAUCUUCUAGGAAUGCGACUCAGCAGUGCUAUUAAGGGUCUUAUAUACCUUAAGAUACCGUUGGUCAGUAAACAGACGCUUCGAAAAGUGACAAGUGGAAACGUUAUCGACUUAGUUUCAACUGACGUUGAAAGAAUUGAAUUGGCACCCAGAUGGAUAUUCCUUUCAACCUUCACAAUACUCGAAAUCACAGCUGUGAUUUCCUUAUUGUUUUACCUCAUCAGUUGGGAAGCAAUAAUGGGAGUUUUCUACCUUGUGGCGGUGAUUCCAUUUGUCAUGAUUAUCUCAUCCCUGUGUGCUCAGCUGCGGCAGGAAACAGCCACUGUGUCCGAUCAUCGCAUAUCAAUGAUGAUUGAACUGAUAUCAGGCAUUCGCGCACUUAAGGCUAACGCCUUGGAGAACAGCCAUAAGGAUAAGAUUCAAGAAGUAAGAAGGAAGGAGAUCUGGAUCAUCCUAAAGAAGGGAGCUCUGUUAUCAAUUGUGGAAUGUCUGCCGUUUACUGCAGGGGCUAUAGCUACGUUUCUAUCUGUCUUAGCUCUCAGCCUCGAUGGCCAUUUAAUUUCACCUACCACGGCGUUUAUGCUACUGGCUUUCAUUAACACACUUCGAAUUACCAUCACACGAUUCUCUUAUGCUAUUACCUCAGUGUUUGAGUUGUGGAUAUCUUUAAAAAGAAUCAGAAACUUUCUUUUGCUGAAAAAUAUCCCUUCAAUGGGCUUGGAAUCCACUGAGAAGCCUCCUGGCCACCAAGAUCGUGUUCAAGGACCUAAAAACAACUUCCCAGAGCUUUAUGUUCGAGGCCCCUUAAAAGCAGAAGAUAAGAGUGAAGAAAUAAAAUCCGAAAAUCAAGACUUUGAUAAAUACUUUUCUGUUGAAAACGAUACCAUUCGUAACUAUAGAACUGAAUCUACUCAAACCUCUUCAGGAAAGUUAUUAAUUGAAGGUCUUUGGUGUAAAGUUGAUGAACUGGAUGGGCCAUAUAUCCUCCACGAUGUCAAUUUUGAGAUCCCGGAGAAGAGUCUAACAGUCGUUACUGGUGAGGUGGGGAGCGGAAAAUCUACACUCCUAGCUGCCAUUGCAAGAGAAGUCGUUGCAUCCAGUGGGAACAUAACCUACUCCGGAAAUGUGGCUUAUGUCUCUCAAACUGCCUGGGUGUUCUCUGGAACACUCCGAGAAAAUGUUUUGUUUGGGAAGCCUUUCGAUGAAACAAAAUACAACAGGGUGAUUCAAGCUUGCACGCUAACUAACGACAUAGGAAGAUUUCCAAAUGGUGACCUCGUAUUUGUUGGAGAACACGGUGUCGUGCUGAGUGGCGGCCAGAAGGCUCGCGUUAAUUUGGCUCGUGCAGUAUACGCCAAUGCUGACUUAUAUUUACUCGAUGAUCCUUUGAGCGCGGUUGAUUCUAAAGUUGGUGAUCACAUAUUUUUUGAGUGCAUUUGCAACUUGUUAAAGAAUAAAACAAGAGUACUAGUGACAUAUACAGAAAGGUACCUUAGGAUGGUUGACCAGGUUGUGGUUCUCAACAACGGAUCCGUCUCAGGAAAAGGCACUUACAGCGAAUUGAAAGAAAGGGGAGUAAUUAUUGAUUCUAUAAUAGAUGCUAGUAGUGCCAUGGAAAAAAAGACCACCACUCCUAAUAAAGAAUCUAACUUACGUCAUAACGCAAACCGAGGCCAAUUCGAUAAGCCUUUGCCUGUAUCCCAUGAAGAUACAGCAACUGGGGAUAUCUCCUAUUCAUUAUAUUGGAAUUAUUUUAGAGCCGGGAUGCAUCCAUUUUUCAUGAUUCUUUUACUUCUUCUUUUUCUUAUGACGCAAGCUCUUCUUGUUUUACCCGACGUCUGGCUUUCUUGGUUCACUACUAUUCAACCUGCAUCGGAACAACAGUCAUUCUCAGCACUGAGUACUUACGCUGCUCUAGUGUUCGGUGCUUUCGCUAUGGCCAUGAUCCGUGCCGUCAUAUUCUUCAGUGUCUCCCUCAGAUCAUCUCAAAACUUGCACAGCCGGCUCGUUACCUGUUUGCUGAAAGCCCCAGUGUUAUUUUUCGACACUAAUCCUGCGGGACGCAUAUUAAACAGAUGUUCCAAAGACAUUGGUUGCAUGGACGAGUUACUUCCCAGGACGUUUCUAUCAGCCAUCCAGUAUUUUUUGUUUAUAUCCACAGCCAUGCUGCUACCCUUGUUUACGAAUAUUUGGCUCUCCAUUGUUUCGUUUUCAGCCGUGGUCAUUUUUCUGUGCUUAACGUGGUAUUACUUGAAGACUUCCCGUGAGCUCAAGAGGCUCGAGGCUAUUUGUCGAAGUCCCGUAUUAUCGCACUUUUCAGAAACCAUGAUCGGCUUAGAUACAAUUCGCAGUCGAAAAAGAGAAAACGAUUUCAUCGGAGAGUUUUAUAGGCAUCAAGAUUUACACAAUCGCGCGUUUUCCAUGGUGGUAGCCGGUAAUCGGUGGCUUGGUUUCCGUGCUGACGUACUUUGUGCAGUAUUAACAACUGCAGUGGCUUUUGCUUCUGUUUUAGCUUCUCAAAACCCAGCUUUGGCUGGUCUGGCGCUUGCCUAUGUUAUUGACACGGCAAAAAUCUCCCAAAUGGCUGUUAGACAAUAUGCUGAUGCUGAGAACCUUAUGACGUCUGUGGAGCGAGUCCUGGAGUACACGCGCCUCGACUCAGAACCUGGAUACACCAUCAAAACACUUCCUCCAAAACACUGGCCAUGUGAUGGUCAUGUCAGUUUUAAAAAUGUUUACAUGAGGUACUAUCCAGGCGGACCGGUAGUACUAAAAAAUUUAACUUUUGAAAUCCAGCCUAGGAACAAGUUGGGAAUCGUAGGUCGGACGGGAGACGGGAAGUCGUCCUUUAUAUCAGCUCUCCUACGCAUGCCUGAGGCCGAAGGGGAGAUAUUCAUCGAUGGUGUAUGCAUAACAGGUGUUCAACUUCAGGAAUCGCGGAAACGUAUCUCUGUCCUCGGCCAAUCCCCUGUUCUCUUCAGUGGAUCGUUAAGGAAAAACUUGGAUCCCUUAGAGGAGUACACAGAUGAUGAACUUUGGAGUGCUAUCAAAGAGGUGAAACUCACCAGUUUGGUCGAAAAUCUAGACGGUCAACUUGAUCACCAACUUUUUGAGGGAGGCGAAAACUUGAGUAGUGGUGAGCGACAAUUAAUAUGCUUGGCUCGCACUUUGCUUAAGCGAAGUAAGAUCGUUAUUUUGGAUGAGCCAACGGCGCACGUGGAUCCAAAUACAGAGAAAACCAUCUGGUCAACUGUGCACGAGAAAUUGAAAAACUCAACGGUCAUUAUUAUUGCUCAUCGUUUAGGCACUGUUAGUAACUGUGACGGUAUCUUAUUGUUAAGAGAAGGCCAGAUUGCUGCUCAGGGCACCUUUGAUGAACUCAUUGGAUCUCAGAAAGGGUUAUGAAUACAAUCUUUAUUUUCAAUCGCAGUUAUAAUCCAACAAGGCCUUCAAAAGCCUUAAGUAACCUGACUGACCAACGCCAAAGUAUUUAAUGGAGAACAAAAAUGGAUUUAAUGUUGAUUUUUUUAAAUUUAUGUACCGUAAUAUGUAUUCAUAUAUUGUUGAUUAACCUUUGGAAAUCUAUUACAUUUUUCUUCCAAUCAUAGUUAUAUUGUUGUAGCCUGAGAAAUGAAAGGAACGUUAGGUUGAAAUCGAGGGAAAGUCUUUCAUAGAACAUGUAGGUAAAAUUAUCAAAUGAUGAAAAUAAAAAGGGUCAUGAUA